UCUAUUUAAAGAAGUUUCUGUGAAGUUUCUUUAACAUUCUAUCAUUAUUGAUGAAUUCAAAUAAUUAUGUUGGGCUCCAAGUUAUACCUGUUUGGGAUUAUCUUCAUCACUUUGGUUGCCUGGAUAGAUGCUGAAUCUGACUAUUAUCUAUGCAAAAUAGAGACAUACGACGCCUCCCUCAAAGGAACGAUUUCAAGUCCACUUUAUGGCAAGCUGUCCUAUCCAAUUAGUGUUAAUUGUAAAUACAAAAUUAAAGCCCCUCUAGGACAGAUGAUUAAAAUAACUUUUAAGGACUUCGAUUUGUAUCCAUCAAAAUAUUGCUACCAUAGGCUUGUCAUCACUGGGAAAGAAGGGAGAAUCAUUGUCGUACUCUGUGGCAAUCAACUGCCGAGACCGAUACUUUCUGACGAAGGAGAGGAUCUUAAGCUUGAAUUUUAUACCGAUUUCUAUGGCUCUGGUAGAGGAUUUCUUUUGGAAUACGAAUCCGGUCCCGAUCUCCAACUCUGUGAAACAGGUGAAUCUGCCUGCGCUAACCGUAACUGUUUCAAACCCGAGAAAAAAUGCGAUGGAGUGGAUGAUUGUGGAGAUGGAACUGAUGAAGAGAAUUGCAAUUUCCCUGUAGUGGUUUUUCCCAGGAAUUGUGGGGUCCAGAUAAUCAAGCCGAAGGAAGGAUAUGAUCGCCUUAUUGGUGGGGAAGAAGCCACGCCCAACAGUUGGCCUUGGCAAGUGUCUCUUAGCAAUGCUAAGAUUGAACCGAUCGGUCAUUUCUGCGGCGGAACACUUAUUAAUAGCCUUUGGGUGCUGACCGCUGCUCACUGUAUUGCAAGGAGAUAUGCUGCAAUGAAUAUUAUCGUGGGAGCCCAUAACUUGGGGAACACCACUUCCUACCAACAAACUCGUAGAAGUGUCAAAGUGAUUGCCUUUCCUGAGCUCAAAGGAGAAAAGAUAAAAGAUUAUAGAGUCGAUCUUGCUCUUGUCAAGAUGAACGCACCGAUCACUUUCAACGCUGGUGUUCAGCCAGCCUGCUUGCCUGACUUCAGCUUCAAACCUCCAGUGCACUGGCAAUGCUAUGUAACGGGCUGGGGAGAGACCAGAGGCUCUGGUUUCUCAAACAGUUUGAAACAACUUCUGGUAGAAGUACGACCUGAUGAGGAUUGCAAAGGCAUGUACGAGAAAGGUACAGGGGUUUGCGUCUGGAAGGCAAAGCAGGGUGUCUGCCACGGUGAUAGUGGUGGACCAGUUCAAUGCCAAGUCGCUGAAAAGUACUAUGUAUUCGGCGCAUCUAGCGCCUUUUAUAGCAGUUUUGUGUCCAAGUGGGACGACACGUCACGCUGUGCGGGAAUGCUUUCACAGGGAGGUUACGCAGGCACCCAUGGAAGAAUAAAAUGGAUAAAAUACAUAAUUGAAAAGUAUACAUGAAUGAUGUGAGAUCAAAAAAUUUCAAUGCAAUUAUGAUUUCUUUAAAAUAAUAAAAUAGUUUAUUUCUU